AUGACACUUGAACGAAAGAGUGCGUGCGUGUACAUCAUGGCAUCGACGACCGCAAUGCACAUCGUUACCCCUGUGAUCGAGAGUCGCGUGCUCAGCCAUCUGCUCAAGAAGCGUGUUUACCUCAAGCUUGACAACACCCAGCCCUCUGGCAGCUUCAAACUACGCGGCGUUGGUCUUGCAUGCGAACGCGCCGUUCAAAAGGGAGCAGAGCAACUGGUCGCCAGCUCGGGUGGUAAUGCUGGGCUAGCUGUUGCUUGCAGUGCACAAAAGUUGGGGGUUCCAGGCACGGUGUUUGUCCCGGAAAGCACGCCAGCAUACAUGCGGGAGCGCUUGGCGUUGGAAGGUCUUCACGUCAAUGUCCAUGGCAAAGUAUGGGCCGAAGCCCAUGAAGCGGCGAUGCAGUUCCUCGACAAGGCCAACGAAACGUCCUCCGCGGCGUACAUUCAUCCAUUCGACCACGCCGACAUCGUGGAAGGGCAUGCCAGCGUCGUCACCGAGCUCAAGGCCCAGCUACCCACGCAACCUGACUUGGUCGUGGUGGCUGUCGGUGGCGGCGGGUACUUUGCCGGCGUUUGCCAAGGAUUGAAGAACCACGGAUGGGACUCAACUCACGUCCUCGCGAUGGAAACAACUGGCGCCAACAAACUCGAGCGAUCGAUGCAAGCCAAGAAAAAGGUCGCAUUGACCAAAAUUGACACAAUCGCAAAGUCGCUCGGGGCCAUGGCCGUCUCCGACACUGCGUACGCCUAUGCCAACGAAAUGCGUGUGCAUGCAUGCAGCGUCAGCGACGCCGAAGCGCUGGACGCGUGCGUCCGAUUUGCCAACGACCACAAGUAUGUGGUCGAACCAGCCUGCGGCACUGCUCUUGCCCCGCUGUAUACUGGCCGGUUGCGCGAGUUCCUUGGGGCCGACCUGGAUGCCAUCGACAGCAUCUGCGUGUUGGUCUGCGGCGGAUGGAUGACUCAAGUCACGGAUGACGCCCAAGUGGCUUUGCGAGCCGUGUUUGGAUAGUCGUAUACGUCCCGAAUGCAUACAUUGGAUUAAUUCAUCUCGUCGUCCUUGGUGGCCAACGGA